AUGUGGAACAUAUUCCGAAUCACGGGAGACAUCUCCCACUUCCUCUCCAAGCUCAUCCUGAUCCUGUCGAUCCACCGCAAUCGCAGUGCCGAGGGCGUGUCCCUCAUCACGCAGAUGCUCUACGCCGGCGUCUUCUGUACGCGCUACCUCGACCUGUUUGACAGCAGCAAGCACGAGCCGACAUGGAACAUCAUCUUCAAGGUCUUCUACAUUACCUCGUCGUUUUAUAUUCUCGGUGCCAUGCAGUGGCUGUUUCCCCGGACACGCGAGCGUGAGUUUGCAUGGAAGCUGGGCGCCAUCAUUCUCGGCGGCUCCCUGGUCCUGUCACCCUUCGUCAUGCUCGCUCUCGAGAAGCGUGCUUACUGGGGCUUCAUCCACUGGCUCUGGGUGUUUUCCGAGAUACUCGAAUCCGUCUGCGUCCUGCCCCAGCUGCUUCUCCUGCGCCAGACCACGGUCCCCACCGUGAUCGACUCCUUCUACCUCCUCACCCUGGGCUCCUACCGUGCCCUCUACUGCCUCAACUGGAUCGUCCGCGGCCUCGACAAGGACGAUCACGGCCUCAGCAAGACGUCUGUCAUCUUCGGCAUCGUCCAGACGGCCCUCUACGUCGACUUUGCCUGGGUCUACUACACUCGCCAGCGUGUCAAGCUCAGGGGUGGCGGCGUCGUCGACGCCGACGACCUGCGCCGCAGCUGGUUCCUCCGUCCCAUCUUCGGCCGUAUCGCCCCGCAGUUCCACGGCGAUGACGACGAGGAGAGCGGACCUGCCCUGGGCAAUGGUGGCGGCCAUGCCCGCGGCGGCAGUCGCCCCAAAUGGGGUGCGCGUGGCAUCUCCAUCAGCGCGGACGACGGUGUGCUUGACCAUGAGCACGAGGACCAGAGCGAGGGCAUCACCGGUCCCGUCGACCCUGACGCUCGCAUGAAGGAUCCGGAUGAGCUGGCGCGUGCCAUGAUUGACGAAGACGACGACGACGACAGCGGCGACCGGUACCGCGACCAGAAUGCCGCUGCGUCGAGCGGGGUACGCAACAACGAGUGGGACGAUUAG